GAAGCGGGUGUUUGUUGAACCGGAAGUAACUCCAUCCACGCUAGUCUGAAGACUCGUUGCGGAUACGAAGACAGUCAGUGGAGAACAGACGUGGGGACUGCAGGCUGAGAAACUGCUUUUAUUAAUCAGCAACCAUGAGUCUGUUAACAAAGCCCAAGUCAGAGAUGACCCCCGAGGAGCUCCAGAAACGCGAAGAGGAGGAAUUUAACACUGGCCCCCUGUCUGUGCUCACGCAGUCAGUCAAGAACAACACACAGGUCCUCAUUAACUGUCGCAACAACAAGAAGCUGCUCGGAAGAGUCAAGGCUUUUGACAGGCAUUGCAACAUGGUGUUGGAGAAUGUGAAGGAGAUGUGGACAGAAGUUCCCAAGAGCGGGAAGGGAAAGAAGAAGUCUAAGCCAGUGAAUAAGGAUCGCUACAUUUCUAAAAUGUUCCUCAGGGGAGAUUCUGUCAUCGUUGUGCUGAGAAAUCCUCUGAUCACUGGAAAAUGAACUGCUUACUAGUGCCCAGCUGAACCACACAAUGGUCACAGAGCCUUUUUUUUUUCUUUCUUUUUCCUUUUUGUUGAAAGAUUUAAAGCAAUCUGUGGACUGUCAAUAAUGGAAACCUCUUUGUUAUGUUUAUUUUGUUGUUGGAUCGCUGCAGUCACUAUUGGGUAAGAUACAGCGUCAAAUGGUGUCUGUACUGUUUGGAGAGCUGAUUAGAUUUGAUGGUUUUGGUUUGUCUACAGAAAUCUUCUGUAUUUUUCAUUUUUAAUAAUAAAAGUGAUGAAUAGA